GAUGAUGUGUACAGAGAUUAAACUGAACAAGCUUGUCAGACUACUCGAGAGACAAGGUUUUAGAGACGUUGUCCCAACUAUACUCGAAGAGGGACUUCAUCUUUUCUCUUGGUCUGGGAAAGAUAUAUACAAGUUCGCAAAAUCUUUUCAUUUAAUGUUCUAUCAAAUACUAAAAGCAGAAGAUGAAUUACUGAUGACAACCACAAAACGAAACGGUGAUGUAUUUGCAAUCUUUAAAGAGUUUUAUUUCAUGAUCAUCCAGAUUGAAGAAGAAUCACAAGAUGAAGUUUGGAAGCAAGUAAAGGAAUCUAUUGAUGGGAACUUGUAUGCCAAAAAGUGCAAGGAGAUGAAGCCAAUCAAGGAAGCUUUCAGAAGGUCACUCGAAAAUAAAGAACCAAACUUUUGACUUCCAAGUAAUGCAAUGAUUUUCCUAGUUUCUAACGGUAUGACGUACUGAGCCAUAAGUAAAACUAAACUCAGAUGUUGCUGGACUGUUUAGAGCGAUGCACGACC